AUGUUGUGGAUGAAGUGGAGGAUGGUGCUGGGGUCUCUGUUUGGGUGGAGAAGGCGAUGGCUCCUCUUGCUCUUCACUGCGGGAACAUUAAUCGUCAUCUAUCACCAGCAAGAUCGCACGGUGCAGCAGCAAAGCCCAGACGAAGGGGUGAGGGUCCUGCAGAGCAGUGGAGCAGGAAAGAGCCGAGGCUUCCUGUGGUUUGGGGUCUACAGGUUGGCCUUUUCACAGAGCCGUGCUGAGUAG